GUUAAGUCAAAAGUGUGUUCCAAGUCGAGUUACCAAAAAUGACGUUGAUUCAAGGAAGCAAAUAUUCUUACAUUGUUGUACAAGCAGCAAAUAUUAUCGCUUUUAUCAGUGGUACAUCUGUGGCGUGGUCAUCUCCAGUACUGGCGAUUCUGGAAGGUGAUGAUUUGAGUAGAAUCCCGUUAAACCGACAAAUAACCGGUGAUGAGUCAUCAUGGAUUGGGUCUUUGGCUGCAAUGGGAGGCGUUGUCGGACCAUUCAUCCACGGUUAUUUAAUGCAAAGGGUUGGAAGAAGAAUCAACUUGGUGGUCAUUGUUGUACCGUUUUUAAGCGCAUUUUUGAUAGCGGCUUUUGCUGAAACGGUGUACCUGUAUUACGUCUCAAGGUUCUUAAUGGGGAUGGGAGUAGGGGGGGCGUUCUGUAGCGUACCAGUUUACGUGGCAGAAGUAGCCGAAGACACAAAUCGCGGGAUUUUACAAGCAAGCACAUCCACACUAAUCAUGAUAGGAAUUCUCUUUUCGUACUGCAUCGGACCUUACGUUUCCAUAAUGACUUUCAACCUAAUUCUCUCUGCUAUUUGUGUUAUUUACAUCCCUGUUGUGUGGUUCGCAGCUGUGGAAAGCCCCAUCUACUUAAUUCUUACCAAUCAAGAAGAACAAGCUUUCGAGAGUCUUCGUUACCUCAGAUCCAAACCCGACACCACAGUCCGCAAAGAACUAGAAGCCAAAAAAACCCACUUGGAGCAGUUCAAACCUGGCACUUUUAUCGACAUUUUCGAAACAAAAGGAACAAUCAAAGCGCUCCUCUUCAGCGUGGCUUUAACCACUUUCCAACAAUUCUCGGGGAUAAACGUGGUCCUAUACUUCACCCAAGACAUUUUCGACGCCACUAAAAGCGACUUGCCCCCAGAAGUAUGUUCAAUCAUCGUAGGCUCCGCCCAACUCUUCGUAUCAAUAAUGGCACUCCCCUUUCUAGAUAGAGCCGGUCGACGAAUUGUACUCUUCAUUGCCUCCACUGGAGCACUAACUGCCGAAAUCCUCAUGGGCGUUUACUUCUAUCUCCAGACAAACGGUAACGACGUUUCGGAUCUUGGCUGGCUGCCAGUGUUCUCGUUAGUUAUGUUCAUUGCUUUCUACAAUUUCGGAAUGGGUCCUGUACCAUGGGCGUCCAUGGGUGAGCUUCUACCGUCGAACAUCGUCGCCAAAGCAUCCACGCUUACUACCAGUUUUUAUUGGUUCACUGGGUUUUUCUUGACGAAGUAUUUCGCAGAUUUGUCGGACGCUAUCGGAAUGGGGGGGUCGUUUUGGUUGUUUGCGGGGUUGUUGGUGGUGUGUGACUUGUUUGUAGUGUUUUUGAUGUUUGAGACAAAGGGGAAGAGUUUUGCGGAAAUUCAAGCUAUUUUGAAUAAGUAGUAUCCUGAGGCUGUGUUCAUCGAAUAUUUUUUGUUAUUUUGGUGUCAGUGACAAUAUUAAUACACAUAAUAAAGCUUUAUUAAACACAAUUCCGACAGGUUUUCUGCUUAGUUGAAA